AUGUCUGACAUUGUAAGCAAGCGUUUUCGAAGAAAUUGGAUACGAUUCACUGCAAACUUCAUAAAAUUCCGAUAUAUGGAUGGAAUUUAUUUAGAGGUUCUGGAAAUUGUUGCAAAAGAGUCUAAACAGUAUCAUGAAGUCACUGAGUUUGUUAAAGAAACUGCCUCACAUUUCCACCAAGAGCUACCUGGAUCUCAGAUCUCCUUUCACAUACCUUGGUCUCCACACUGCAAGAACGAACGAUGUUAUGACUUUUUAGCAAUUUCAAAAGCCUGUGACAUUUUAUUUGUGGCAUCCUACGAUGUUCCAAAUGACCUGCGGGAUGGUUGUGUUGCAAGAUCAAAUGCUCCCUAUCACCGGGUUUUAUCAGGAAUGUUGGAUUAUAUCAAACUGGGCAUUGACUCCAGAAAGCUGGUGAUGGGCGUUGCUUGGUACGGUUAUGACUACACCUGCAAGCACUUUCUUGGGGUGGGUGAGUGUGAACUGGAAACGAUUUCCCAAGGAGUCCCGUGUAGUUAUACUGAAGCAAGACAGAUCCCAUACAAAGACAUCAUGCAGCUUCUGCUGAGAUCACUCACUGGCAGGUUCUGGGACGAUGAUCGGAAAGCCCCAUAUUUUGUCUACUUGGUUGGUAACACGUACCACGAAGUCUGGUACGAUGAUCCCGAGAGCAUUUCUAUGAAGGUGUCUAUCAUGAUGAAACUGAACCUCCGUGGUAUCGGCGUGUGGGCUGCAAACAACAUCCACUACGCUGGUGAUGUCAGAGCAAGAAUGCAGGCUGCGGAGAUGUGGAACGCCGUGUGUCGUCCCUGGUGGAAUUACCAAGUGUGA